UCUUAAUUUUGUUUAUGGAAGUUUAAAGAAAAAGAUUCAUUGGAGGAAAUUGGAAGAGCAACAACACAUUAGCCAAAUCUUUGGAAUUAGUUGAUAGUGUUGUGAACAAAUUAGAGUUUGAUAAUUUAGAUGUUGUGGUUUCCCCUGUAUCUCUUCAUAUUGUUCCUGUCUAAUAAGCAAUUAAGAAUAAUGUGUAGUUAGCUCUAUAAAACAUUGGACAUAAAGGAUAUGGUGCAUUUACUGGUGAACUUAGUUUUGAACAUGUCAAAGAUCUCAAAAUUAAUUGGGUUAUUUUGGGUCAUAGUGAAAGAAGAAGAACCCCAGAAAUUUCAGAAAGUGAAGAGUUUAUUGCCAAUAAGGCUGUUUUAGCUAUAAACAAUGGAUUAUCUGUUAUAUUCUGUAUUGGAGAAACCAUUUAAGAGAUGGAAGCUUAAGAAACCCAAACUGUUUUAGAGAAACAAUUGAAUCCCUUGAUUGCUUAAGUUAAAGAUUGGAGUAAGGUUGUUAUUGCUUAUGAACCAGUUUGGGCCAUCGGAACAGGUAUUGCAUAAACAAAUAAUAAAUUUAGGUAAGACAGCAACUCCAGAAUAUGCUGAAUAAAUACAUGCAAAUAUAAGAAAAUUACUUCCAGAUUAAUCAAUAAGAAUUUUAUAUGGUGGAUCUGUAACAAAGGACAAUGCCGCAGUUCUUAUUGGCUAACCAAAUAUUGAUGGCUUUUUAGUUGGAGGCGCUUCAUUAAAAGAAGAUUUCAUUCACAUUGUUAAUGCUUGCAAGUGAGUUCAUAUUAAAAAAAAUAAAAAUUUAAU